AUGUUUGGAAAUAAAUCAGUUUAUCUUUUAACAAUUGUUUGGAAUGAAAAACAUUUUCUUGAAUCAAAGUCAGCACGUUACGCAGCUCGACGAUGUGUAUAUCGAGCAGCGAAUGUUCAACUACAUAUCGAACUGAAAAAUCUUCUCACUCGAAAUGAAGAGAUUCUUCAAGAAAUCAAACGAUGUAACACAGACUUACAGAAAUAUGAUGAAAAACUACAAGUACUUGAUAACAUGACUCAGUUAGCAACAGAAUCUCUGGAAGCUUAUUUUCAAACACGUAUGGAAAAUUUACGUACAUUUGUAAGUGAACAAUGUCGAAUUAUAUCCGAUGGGAUACGCGAAGAAGCUGAUCAUUGGAAAGAGAUUCACGCUAUGCUACAACAGAAAUUAGUCGUUCCAGGUGAUUUAAAAUCAUAUGGCGGUGGAAAUGGUUUACCUCGAACAGUUAAGCAAAGUCCAGAAUUUAGUCGAAUUAUUGAAGAAGACGAAGAAGAAGAAGCAGAAGAAGAGGAGCAACAACAACAACAAGAAGAGAACGAAAAUGAAGUUUCUGUUUUAUUACAAGCACGAACGCUAACACCAUUGAUAACUCAAACAUUGAAAAAAGCUCGACUACGCGCCUCAAAAUUGACACAGGAUUCGUCGAUGAUGGUCCCUUCUCAACUGAAUAUGUCUACAAGCAUUCAAGAACAGACAUUAAUGGAAGAAUGUCCAUCACCAUCUCAUUCGAAGGAGCCAAUCAACCAUAUGACAUUACGUGAUGUCUCAGCUAUUGAAAAAGAAGCAGAAAUGGAGACUGACGUGCUCAAUCCUGAUCUAUCUGUUUCACUGUUGCCAUUUAUCACAACAGUCAACCCAGAUGAUGAGAAAAAGAGUCAGAAUAAAUCAAUACGAUCGACAAUAUCCGAUAAAACCUUUGUCAAAACAUCGCUGAAACCAUUCUCAUCCGAAGAAGAUAUGGAAGACGAUGAUGAAGAAAACGAUACGCUGAUUGAACAAAGUUUUCUUACUGAUACUAAAGAAUCCACUCGACCUUUGCUACUAACUGCUGAUCAAUCGAUUCGAAUUCGAGAUCAACCAUCGCGAAAAGAAAAAGUCUCUUUACCAAAUAAAUCCUUAGAAGAAAAAACAAAAAUUAAACGCGAAAAAGUUAGUUUUCGCGAACCCAUCAAAAUCCACAAUGCCAACACCAAUCCUGAACGAAAUCGUUUAGGCAAAACAUAUCUCUUGAAUAAUAACACAUUCGAUGCUGAAACGUCAGAUUACGUUCGACCAACAAUUGUUAUCACGCAUGACACUUCUCGAUUAUCACCCAUAGCAUCUGAUGAAUCUGAAGAAGAAGAAGAAGAAAAGCGACAACAACAAACAGAGCAUAAAGAUAAACGAAGGAAAACAGAGAAGAAAUCAACGGAUGAAACAUUAUCAACGUCGACAUCUGCUAAUCGAAGUCGAACAUUGAAAAGUCCAGUUGUCACUCAGUUGCCUCCACCUGUACCUACGACGAAUCUUGAAACAAGCAAUAAACGACGCACAACGCGUCGAACAACAAUUCGACUACUUCAAGAUAAUCAAAACGUUACAUCACAAUCAGCUGAAGUUCCAUCUAAAUCACGCUAUCAAACUCGAUAUUCCACGCGAUUAGCAGGAGCAAUGGUCAACGAAGAAGUAACAGUAUCCACAACAAGUCGACGAACCACACGUCUUACUUCAGAAUAG